AUGGCACAGGCACACCCUGUUCUCCUAGUCCUUUUGCUCUUCCUCUCCCCCACUGCCGUUUCUUCCUCCAAGAGAAUUCAGCCGAAGUUCUCGGCUAUCUUCUACUUUGGCGACUCGGUUCUUGACACCGGCAACAACAAUCAUCUCCCCACGGUGGCUGUAGCGAACCAUGUUCCUUACGGAAGAGAUUUCCCAGGGAAGAAACCAACAGGGAGGUUCUCCAAUGGCCGGCUUAUCCCAGACCUCCUCAACGAGAAGCUGCAACUCAAAGAAUUCUCGCCGCCGUUCCUGGAUACAAGGCUGUCGAACAACGACAUGGUGACAGGGGUGAACUUUGCAUCAGCUGGUUCAGGAUUAGAUGACCAGACGUCGCAGCUGUCCAAUACUCUACCAAUGUCCAAACAGGUGGACCUCUUCAAGGACUACCUCCUCCGGCUCAGGAACAUUGUUGGGGACAAGGAGGCUUCCAGGAUCAUUGCCAGCUCUCUGAUUUUUAUCAGCUCAGGAACCAACGAUUUCUCACAUUACUACCGUUCGUCGAAGAAGAGGAAGAUGGACAUUGGUGACUACCAAGAUCUUGUUCUCCGGAUGGUACAAGUUCAUGUCAAGGAAUUAUAUGACCUUGGGGGCCGGCAAUUCUGUUUGGCAGGCCUUCCGCCGUUUGGUUGCACACCUAUCCAAAUCACAUUGAGCAGAGACCCUGACAGGGCAUGUGUGGAUGAGCAAAACUGGGAUGCUCAGGUCUAUAACUCUAAACUUCAAAAGUUACUUACAACGUUGCAAGGUUCACUCCAUGGAAGCAGAAUUGUGUACUUGGAUGCAUACAGAGCUCUCAUGGAGAUCCUGGAGAACCCAGCCAAAUACGGUAACGUUUUCUGUUAA